AUGCUGCCAUCAUCCGCUUCUUCAACGCCUAAAAUAUGGGCACAUGGUGUGUUUCUCAGUUUUAGGGGUGAGGACACCCGAAAUAGUUUUACGGACCAUUUAUACCAUGCUUUGAACCAGAGAGGAAUUGAUACCUUUAGGGAUGAUGAAAAACUGAAGAGAGGAACAUUCAUCGCCCCAGAACUCUUGAAAGCCAUUGAAGAAUCGAGGUUUGCAGUCGUCAUUCUUUCAAAAGAGUAUGCUUCUUCAACGUGGUGUUUGGAUGAACUUGCACAUAUUGUUGAAUGCAUGAAAAAGAGGGAACUCCAAGUUUUCCCGGUUUUCUAUCACGUCAAACCAUCGGAGGUGAGAAUCAAACUGGAAGCUUUAGCCGGGCCUUUGCCAAACAUGAAGAAAAUACCGUACUGGGGGAGGUGGGCAAGUGGAGGAAAGCUUUAA